AUGAGCAGAAUCCCGCCGGGCUUGCUCUACUUGACGAUUUACAAUCCGACCUUGCGACCGCCGCCGACGCUUGAGCCGCACGAUGAGGACGCCCAGGAGCAAGCCCAUAUCCUCUUCUACACUGCGCGCGAGCGGGCUGUCUCUCGUGACCGCAUCCUCAGGCAGGUCGGACUGGCGAAGGCAUUGGUAAACUUUUCAGAGAUGUUCUCGGAAGGCGUCUGUGAUAACGUGCACUCGCAGACGAGACGUAUGGUCAUGGUCUCUCCGGAGCCCGACUACUGGAUUCAUGCUUGCUUUGAAGUUGCCAAGACGCCCAGAGCUCCCAGGCCUCCGUCUACCAAGGGGAAAGCCAAAGCCAAAGAGAAGGAACGCAGCCAGGAGCCAUCCAAGGGCAAGGGAAAGGAACCCGAGACAGUCUACGACUAUCACGAUAGCUCCCUUCAUGACCUCGCAUUGCGUACACACCUUCUUCGCGGGUACGAGCUCUUCAAGGUGAAGCACGGCUCGUUCACGCACAUCAUCGAUACCCUCGGGCAGCCAGCACUAGAGUCUUACUUAGAGCGCUUCUUCACUGUUUGGGCGUGGAAGUGGGAUAUAGAAGAUGAUUCGGAGUUUGGCGACCAUCUUGGUGUUCCAUUGCACCCCUUAUUCAAGUCUUUGACGCCCAUUCUCGACACGUUCUCCUCUGACAUACCCUCAUCGGUAGCUGCUCUCCUUCUCGUCCCUCCCCACGUCGUCCCUUCUACUCGGUUCACAUCCUUCGCACUCCCCUCUUCCCUCGCCCGCCACCUCUUGUCGAUAGUCUCGCAUCCUCACCGCCCACCGACAUCCCGGAAGAGCAGCAAACAAGCGUUACAGGCCCUGAGCACUGUCGCUUCUUCAUCUAAACCCUCUCCCGCUCCGCGGUCUACGUUGACACCGCUUCAAGACGAUCCCAUUUUAACUAAGAAUGGGACGAUCAAAGCUAGCGCGGGGCACCAGCGCUCAGGAUCCCUGUUCACCAUGUCUAACAUGAACAUGAGCGUGAACAUGGACCUGAGCAGUAUGGAUGUGAGGAAGUGGAGUUGGCCUGGGUACUUGUCGUUUGGCAAGGGCUCGGGAAGUAAACCUGUGGCGAAUGGGGAGGCUUCUUCCAAGGUAGGUGAUAAUGAUGUUGCGCAGGAGAAAGUAGAUACAGUGGGUAAGACCGAGAGUUCCAAAGGCGAGAACGGUCCUGCAACCGCCAAAGACUCAGCAGGCGUAGUAGACGGUGCAUCGUCGGAGGACUCCCCGCCAGUAGGUAGACCGACGAUCGAAGUAACGGAGCCUCAGCCAUCGCAAGAGGAUCGCCCAACGACAGCGCCUGUUACCAUGGACUCACCAGUGGGCGACCCUCCAUCAGCGCCGCCCAUACUUCCAAGCACGGAGGAGACUUCUGCACCGUCAGUUGAGAUGGACCCCACAACAGUUGUCGUACAAAGUCUGGGUCUCGCUCCUAGUAUAUCUACUUCGACAGCUGCCAGCGAGACGUCUUCCUUAGCACCGUCCACGGUGUCUGCCAUACCUACCCCGGCGUCGUCACAGUUGGACCUAUCAGAACCUCCACCCGAGUUCUCUGUGACCACCGUCCAUGUUGCGAUUGGUGAUGACCGGUUGCAGACGAAGCGCAGGAGGGUGUUAUAUCUCACCAAGCAUCGACUUAGCCUGGCGUUGCUUUGCGGUGACGAGCAUGACUCAGAGGAGCUCGAUCUUCAGUCGCUGGCGGAGAAGUCCGUGGCUGUCCUGCAGGAAAUACGACAAGCCAUCAAGGACGAUGAUGAGGAGAAGCGGACCGGGGUAAAUGAUCCGCUGCCGUCGGUAGCAAAUAUCCUACAACCGAAGAAUCGGCAUGUCAUCUCUACGGGCCCAUGGACAGUAGCUAGCGAGGGCUUCAAUUCCAAGUCGGAGCAUCUAUAUAGCGGCCAUCAGUUGCUUCAGAGAGAAUCUGACGUCCUGGAGAUAUUCUCCAGAGGCCAGCAACCGCAGCAUUGGCAUAUCUCCAAACGAGGGCUGGGUGCGGACAAGGAAGGCAACCCAGUUGGGGAUUCCGUGUUCAUGGAAGUGCUGCGUAAGGAGGAUAGUCUAAUUGACGUCGAUAACGAGCUAGCAGGCGUGGCGAGGCGCUUUACAAGUACUUAGUCGCGCUUUGUACUGGACUACACUCGUGCAGCCAGACGCGCAUAGAGAUGUGAUUUCCGAUACAGGUAGUUUUGUACAUGUAGAAGGGACAGUGUGAUGGAAACAUCAUGCGCGUAGCAUUGGACACAUAUUAUGGCCUCUGGUUCAAGUUCGUGACGGACGCUAGC